AUGUUCCGGAACAGCUUGAAGAUGCUGCUUACGGGGGGCAAGGCCAACCGCAAGAGUCGCAGUAGCGAUGGUGGGAGCGAGGACCUUGGAGACCCCCGCUCGCCCGGUCUAGACCAUCACUUCAGCUACUUUGGCCAAGGUGGCAGCUUAGACGGCGAUUGCGCCUUCGAGGCGGACUACUUCUCCGCCUUGCCGCCGCCUCCGCCGCUCUCCAUGGCUGAGGGCGUCCAACACAUUCGCAUCAUGGAGGGCGUGUCCCGCUCGUUGCCCUCGUCGCCACUGCUCGGCCACCAGGCGCUCGGUGCUCGACUGCAGGCCGUCAAGAAGCUCACAGCCCCCCUGCGGAAAGCAAAGUUUGUGGAGAGCCCUCGCGUUCCUCAAUCGGAGCUCAGCUCCCCCGACCCGGCUGGGAAUUCCCACCUGGACAGAUUGUGCCCAGGGGAGUCGAGCCAGGAGCUGGGCCCCCCUCCCACGGUGGAUGAGGCCGCCAACACAUUGAUGACGCGCCUGGGCUUCCUUCUGGGAGACAAAGCGAGCGAGGGGCCAGCUGGUCCCCACUACAGCAUGGAGGAGCCCGAAGCUAGACAGGCCCAGAACCAGCGCAUCAGCCCAUGCUCCACGUUAACCAGCAGCACCGCAUCUCCCCCCGCGGGCAGCCCCUGUUCCACCCUGCCCGCCAUCAUGCCGGGCCAGGCGGGAACAAGGGAGUGCGCCUAUGGCUCCGUCACCAGUCCCACCUCCACGCUGGAAAGCCGGGACAGCGGAAUCAUAGCCACUCUGACCAGCUACUCUGAGAACAUGGAGCGUGGCGGCAGCAAGCAUAGCGGAGGAAGCAUGGAGGGCUCACGCGGCAACCUGAAGCUGUGGCAGUCGCAAAAAUCAGGCAUGGACUCCUUCCUGUACCGUGUUGACGAGAACAUGACAGCGUCCACGUACAGCCUCAACAAGAUCCCCGAGCGCAGCCUGGAGAGCAUGUCCUCGCACUCGGCCCAUUCCAUCCCUCUGUACCUAAUGCCCCGCCCCAAUUCUGUGGCUGCCACCAGUUCAGCUCACCUGGAGGACCUGGCCUACCUGGACGAGCAGAGGCACACCCCCUUACGCACCUCGCUGCGUAUGCCCAGACAGAGCACCACCUGCGGGCCAGGCCGCUCGGGGCAGGACAUAAGAGCUUCCGCUAACAACUCCCAUGCCUGGCAGUCACAGUCACCAGUACGUUUUGCACCGUACCGGCCCCAGGACAUUGCCCUGAAGCCGCUGCUCUUCGAGGUGCCGUCCAUCACGGUGGACUCUGUGUUCACGGGCCGUGAGUGGCUCUUCCAGGAAAUCGACGGCCACCUCAACCGCCCCGGCAGCAGUCGCGGCGUGGUGAUCGUCGGCAACAUCGGUUUCGGCAAGACUGCCAUCAUCUCCCGCCUGGUGGCGCUCAGCUGCCACGGCACGCGCAUGCGACAAAUCGCCUCCGACAGCCCGCAGGCCUCACCGAAACAUGGCGAGGGGCUUCCUCUCAGCCAGCCGCAGCCCACACAUGGCACACUGGGUGGAGGCAGCUGUCCCGGUACCCCUGAGAUGAGGCGGCGACAAGAGGAGUCCAUGAGAAGACUCGCCUCACAGGUAGUGGCCUACCAUUACUGCCAAGCUGACAACGCCUACACCUGCCUGGUGCCCGAGUUUGUGCACAACGUGGCGGCGCUGCUGUGUCGCUCACCUCACCUGGCGGCCUACAGGGAGCAGAUGCUGCGUGAGCCGCACUUACAAAGCGUGCUGAGCCUGCGCUCCUGCGUCCAGGACCCACUGGCGUCCUUUAGGAGAGGUGUACUUGAGCCCUUGGAUGCCCUCUACAAAGAGAGGAAGAUCAACACAGAGGAAGACCUGAUCGUCCUAGUUGACGGCCUGAACGAGGCAGAGUUUCACAAACCGGAUUACGGCGACACCAUUGUGUCCUUCCUCUGCAAAACCAUCCACAAGUUCCCCUCCUGGCUCAAGCUGGUGGUGACUGUCCGAACCACCUUGCAAGAGAUCACCAACCCGCUGCCGUUCCAUCGUAUCUCUCUGGACGGCCUGGAGGAGAACGACGCCAUCGACCAGGACCUGCAGGGCUACAUCUUGCACCGCAUCCACAGCAGCCCAGAGAUCCAGAACAACAUCUCACUUAACGGCAAGAUGGACAACACCACCUUCGGCAAGCUCAGCGGGCACCUAAAGGCCCUCAGCCAGGGCUCCUACCUGUACCUCAAGCUCACCUUUGACCUUAUCGAGAAGGGCUACCUUGUCCUCAAGAGCUCCAGUUACAAAGUGGUUCCGGUCAACUUGGCCGAAGUGUAUCUCCUCCAGUGCAACAUGCGCUUCCCCACGCAGUCAUCGUUCGAGCGGGCACUGCCUCUGCUCAAUGUGGCUGUGGCCUCAUUGCACCCGCUCACCGAUGAGCAGAUCUACCAGGCCAUCAACGCCGGCUCACUGCAGGGUACGCUGGAUUGGGAGGAUUUCCAGCAACGUGUAGACAAUUUAUCCGUCUUCCUGGUAAAGAGACGGGACGGCACUCGCAUGUUCGUCCACCCGUCCUUCAGGGAGUGGUUGAUUUGGCGGGAGGAAGGCGAGAAGACAAAGUUCCUCUGCGAUCCCAGGAGUGGCCACACCCUAUUGGCCUUCUGGUUCUCGAGGCAGGAAAGCAAGCUAAACCGGCAGCAGACCAUCGAGCUGGGCCACCACAUCCUCAAAGCACAUAUCUUCAAGGGUCUCAGCAAGAAAGUUGGGGUGUCCUCAUCCAUCUUACAAGGCCUAUGGGUGUCCUACAGCUCGGACGGUCUGUCGGCCGCUCUCUCAUCGCUGAGAAAUCUAUAUACACCCAACAUCAAGGUGAGUCGGUUGUUGAUGCUGGGCGGUGCCAACGUCAACUAUCGCACCGAAGUGCUCAACAACGCCCCCGUAUUAUGCGUCCACGCCCACCUGGGCUACAUGGACAUGGUGGCCCUACUCCUGGAGUUCGGCGCCUAUACCGACGCCCCCUCCGAGAGCGGCCUGACGCCGCUGGGUUACGCUGCUGCAGGCGGUCACAUGGCCAUCGUGACGGCUCUGUGUCGAAAGAAAGCUAAGGUGGAUCACCUGGACAGGAAUGGUCAAUGUGCGCUGGUGCACGCUGCCCUCAGGGGCCACAUGGAGGUGGUCAAGUUUCUCAUCGAGUGCGACUGGAGCGGCGGGCCGGUGCAGCACUCUCCACAAACCCAGCAGCAAGCUGCCUUCACCAAAAGCCACGCCGUUCAGCAGGCCCUUGUUGCCGCAGCUAGUAUGGGCUACACAGAGAUUGUCUCCUACCUGCUGGACCUGCCCGAGAAAGACGAGGAGGAGGUGGAGCGAGCGCAGAUCAAUAACUUUGACUCGCUGUGGGGAGAGACAGCUCUGACGGCGGCUUCCGGUCGGGGGAAGCUGGAAGUGUGCCGCCUCCUUCUGGAGCAGGGUGCCGCCGUGGCCCAGUCCAACCGGCGCGGCAUCGUACCGCUGUUUAGCGCCGUCCGGCAGGGCCACUGGCAGAUAGUGGACCUUCUCCUGACGCACGGCGCUGACGUCAACCUGACUGACAAACAGGGUCGCACGCCACUCAUGAUGGCCGCUUCAGAGGGACACUUGGGAACAGUGGAGUUUCUACUCUCGCAAGGAGCCUCCCUGUCUCUGACGGACAAGGAGGGUCUGACGGCGCUCAGCUGGGGCUGCCUCAAGGGUCACCUGCCAGUGGUGCGAUGCCUGGUAGAAAGCGGCGCCGCCACCGACCACGCCGACAAGAACGGCCGCACGCCGCUCGACCUGGCUGCCUUUUACGGCGACUCUGACGUGGUUCAGUUUUUGGUGGAUCACGGCGCAAUGAUAGAGCACGUGGACUACAGCGGCAUGCGUCCUCUUGACCGGGCCGUGGGCUGCAGGAACACGUCGGUGGUGGUGGCCCUCCUCAAGAAAGGCGCCAAGAUAGGAUGUCAGACGCUGCCCAGUAGGCCCCGAGGUCCGGCCACGUGGGCCAUGGCCACCUCCAAACCCGACAUCAUGAUCAUUCUACUCAGCAAACUCAUCGAGGAGGGUGACGGCUUUUACAAGAAGGAGAAGGUGAAGGAGGCGGCACAGCGCUACCAGUAUGCCCUCAAAAAGUUCCCGCGUGAAGGCUUCAGUGAGGACCUUAAGACAUUCAGAGAGUUAAAGGUUUCGCUAUUCCUCAACCUGUCCCGAUGUCGGAGAAAAAUGAAUGACUUUGGGAUGGCUGAGGAAUUUGCUACCAAGGCUCUCGAGCUGAAACCCAAAUCCUACGAGGCCUUUUACGCCAGGGCCAGGGCCAAGCGUAGCAGCAGGCAGUUCCAUGAAGCCUUGGAUGACCUGAACGAAGCCAUGAAACAGUGCCCCAACAACCGAGAGAUCCAGCGCCUACUGCAGCGUGUUGAGGAGGAGUGUCACCAGCUGAGCCAGGGGGUGCUGCAGCCUCCGGACCUGGAGCUGGAGCCUCCUCCAUCCCCGCCUCCUACGCCUCCCCCAGAGGAUGAAGAGUGCCUGUCCCUUCCUCUGCCUCUCCCGCCUCCGCCAGAGCCCCGUCUGGAGGACAUGGAGCCUGUCCAGGAUCUCUUUGAGGAUGAGGACUACUUAGAGCAGGAACUGGAGGCCAUGUCCAUGUGUCUGCCCCCACCGGAGUCAUUGGGCAAUCCUACCAGUCUCCCCAUCAUUCAGAGUCCCCCACUGUCCCCUACACACGCAGACCAGAUCUACCUUGCUGGAGGUUCUCCUAUGGGGCAACCUUACGAGUACCACCCCACCUCUUCCUCCAUGUCCUCCCCCACCCGUGGAUCUUAUCAGACCACGCCGCCCUCCCUUUCCCCGACACAUCACAACUCCCACUAUCGACACAGCCCACCUCACACAUCGCCGGUGCACCAGCCGUCCUACCGCUUCAGCCCACCACCAAUGGGAAGUGGUGGGCAAGGGAUGGACCACCAGAGCCCGCCGCCCUCUCCUCUGCGUCGGGCUGCCCAGUACAGAGCCAGUCCACCGGUAGAGAGCGUUUGUCUGUACAGGUCCCAGUCGGGUUCUCCUGUGCGCUACCAAACGGAACAGCACCCAGGGAGACCCAAGUCCCCUCUGUCCAAGAUGAGCAGCCAACGCUCCUUCCAGCUCAGCUCUCAGGCCUCGCUGUCAUCCCAGCACCACCAAGCCCAAGGCCUUCGUCUGCAACCUUCCAUAGCUCAAAUCGUGCGCACCAACCAGCCCAACAGCAGUUACGGGGGGCAAAUGGGCCACUCUGUUGGUAGCCGUUACCCGGGCGGCUCGGUGGACGUGGACGGCCGACUUGUGUACCAGCCUUCGCUGGAUGGGCGUUCUAUGUCGCAGGUGCAAGCCAGCCUCAGCUCUGGCGCCCUCUGCCAGCACGGCGGCCGAGGAGGGGUCAUGGAGUCGGCACUGUUGAAGGAUGAGCUACCCCAGCGCCCCUCCUCUGCCUACCGCGCCAGCAGCGGGGGUCCGGCGGGCAUCCGUUACAGUCAGACGCCUCAGAUCAGUCGCAGCCAGUCCGCUGCUUACUACCCCGUCUCUGAGCACGUGCUGGAGCGCGCCAAUGCCAUGCCCCCUUGCCAACUGGGCUCCCCUGAGAUCCCGCAUUUGGUGAGACGCCCUGUCAGCGCCAACACUCCUGAGAUAAAGCCGCACGUGCCCACCCCCAGACCCCUCAUCCACUCGCAGAGCGUCGGCCUGCGCUUCUCCCCCUCCAGCAACAACAUCUCUGCCGGCUCCACCUCGAACUUGGCGCCGGGCUUCAGGCCGUCCUCUUCCAUCCAGCAGAUGGAAAUACCUUUGCAAGCCACCUACGAGCGCCCCUGUGAUGAUUUGUCACCAAUCUCUCCCUCACAGGGCGGCGGGGGGCUUUAUCAGGGCGAGCCUACCCGCUCUCGUAACACUCCCUUUAUGGGCGUCAUAGACAAGACGGCACGGACUCAGCAGUACCUGCACCAGCCCUCUCGCUCCCGCGCCAUGACGUCCAUGGAUUCGGCCAUUAGCCCCACCUCGCCCGGCCAAUUGGUCCAGCAGGGGUCCACCUACAGCCCGCCCAGUUCGCUGGGAAACAUCGCUUACUACAACAAGACUAACAACGCGCAGAAUGGACACUUACUGGAGGAGGACUACUACUCCCAGACACCGCCGCCCUCAUUGGGAAAGCUGGCCAACGGCUCCCGAGGCACCGGGGACAUUCUGGAGCGGGUCAGCCAGGUGCCCACCUACCCGGACGUGAAAGUGGCCAGGACUCUGCCUGUGGCGCAGGCAUACCAGGACAACAUGUACCGCCAGCUCUCCCGAGACUCCCGCACACAAGGACCCUCUUCACCCAUCAAACCAAAGAGACCAUUUGUGGAAUCUAACGUGUGA